ACGAAUGCAAAUUACUGUUGUCAAAGUUUAAGUUCAGUAUUUUAGAGUUUGCUGUCGAAUUUUGAUAAUGAAACUCAAAAUAACUAUUCCCAAAGACAAGAAACACACGGAGACAGUUACAUGUGUAGCUUGGAGCUCGGCAGACGAAGUAAUAUCAACCGGUGACGAUCAUAAAAUUUUAAAAUGGAACCUUGUAACUGGAGAGAGUUUUCCCCUGAGCACAUUACCAGCAGAUGUUUUCCCAACCGACAUGUCAAUCUUACCCAGCCAGUCAAAAGCUGGAAAAAAUAGUUCGGAUGUCUUUGUAAUCACCAGCAGUGAUGGAAAAUUUCAUCUUUUUUCGAACGCUGGUCGUAUUGAGAAGAGCGUUGAAGCUCACAAAGGGGCGGUUUUGAGCGGUAAAUGGAGCAAAGAUGGAAGUGCAUUGCUAACAGCUGGAGAAGAUGGUCAGAUAAAGAUUUGGUCGCGAUCUGGAAUGUUACGUUCAACUCUUGCCCAACUACCGUGUUGUAUUUAUUCGGUUGUGUGGAGUCCAGAAUCUGACAAUGUGUUAUACACAAACGGUAAGCAAUUGGUAAUCAAACCUCUUCAACCUUCAGCUAAACCUUUAACAUGGAAAGCUCAUGAUGGGAUUGUGUUAAAGGUUGAUUGGAAUUCAGUGAAUAAUCUUAUAUUAUCUGGAGGGGAAGAUUGUAAAUACAAGAUAUGGGACAGUUAUGGCAGACCUCUAUAUUCAAGUGCUAUCCAUGAUUAUCCCAUUACUUCAGUAUCUUGGUCACCAGAUGGGAAUCUAUUUACUGUAGGAUCUUUCAAUAUGCUUAGACUGUGUGACAGAUCAGGGUGGUCGCAUGGACUGGAGAAGCCAACCACUGGCAGUGUGUUCAAUGUAGCUUGGAGCAUGGAUGGCACACAAGUAGCUGCAGCAUGUGCUGAUGGUCAUGUGAUGUUGGCUCAUUGUAUCGAGAAGAGAUUAGAGUGGUGCGAAUUUGAAGUGACGUUAACUGGGAGAAAAACUAUUGAGGUACGAAACGUUGUGAAUGACGCUCACGAAACUUUGGAAUUACGAGAUCGAGUUAUAAAGAUGUCACUUGCAUUUAAACAUCUUGUAGUGGUUACUUCUUCACAGUGUUUAGUCUACAGCACCAACAACUUCAACACGCCCGCCAUAUUUGAUCCCCGGGAUGGGAACAUUUCCUUUAUCCAACAAUGUGAAAAGCACUUUCUUAUUGUAGACCAUGUUGGGUUGUACAUCUACAGUUAUGAGGGUCGUCAAAUUUGCUCUCCCAAGCUUCCUGGGGGAGUUCGUGGCUCUUCUUUGAGCAUCCGGACUGUAUCACUGAGUCCGGAUGUCCUUGCUGUACGCGAUGUAAAGAAUGAUCACUCAGUUAUGUUGUAUGAUGCAAACAGUGGAAAGCUGCUUGGAGACGGGGCACCUGUUGUACACACCAUGGAGAUAUUGACCGUUCACUUAAGCCAGUGUGGUCCAAUGUCCGACCGUUUUCUGGCAAUCAUUGAUAAAAACCAUGACCUGUAUUUGACCCCUGUGAGGAAAACUUCUUCCAAUCACAGGUUGCCAAAGUUGGCUUCCAUGGUGCAAAGUUUGAAGUGGAAUUCCAAUGUUAACAUCUUGUGUGGACUCCGUGAUAUGAAGUUGUUGGUUUGGUUUUACCCUCGUGCUUUGUUUCUUGAUAAGGAUAUUCUGCCACAAACUUUACAUGAAAGAGAAUGCAGUGAGUUCGGUAAAAAUCCUGAGUUAUGUGAUUUUAAUGAGAAUACGGUCAUAGUCCGUCGAGCAGACGGGUCAAUUUGUUCGAUUUCAAACAUGCCAUAUCCUGCCAUGCUUCACCGCUUGGUGGCAGCAGAUAAAUGGAACGAAGCUGUUAGGUUGUGCAGGUUUGCAAAACUGAAAUCGCUAUGGGCUUGCUUGGCUUCAAUGACAUUAAAAGAAAAGGAUCUUGCUACUGCUGAGAUUGCUUACGCUGCUAUUGGAGAGGUUGAUAAAGUUGAAUACCUGAAGCACAUAAAGUCCAUACCUUCAAAAGAAGUUCGAACAGCUGAGAUUACUUUACUAUCUGGCAGUGUGAAUGAAGCUGAAGCUAUUUUAAUACAAGGAGGGUUUAUAUACCGUGCUAUUCAGCUCAAUUUGGAUUUGUUUCACUGGGAAAGAGCUUUGGAGCUUGCUGUUAAACACAAAACACAUGUGGAUACUGUGCUUGGCUACAGACAAGUUUAUCUCAACCAAAUCCAUAAACAAGAGACAAGCAAUAAGUUUAAGCAGUAUUCAAAAGGGGUUGAAAUAAAUUGGCAGAACAUAGAGUCCAAGAUUGAGAUGGAAUUGGAAAAAGAAGGAAAAUAAGUAAAAUAACUUUUGCUGCAGAUUUAUUUUUAUACUGUAUAUUGGAUUAUGUUUUGUUUUGAUACAAAUAGAUAUAUAAGAAUGUAA